CAGUGAUCUGAUUGAAAUAGUUCGAAGAACAACUUCAAGAAAUAUCAAAGAUGUUCAAAUACGUUUUCCUCGUCUGUGCCAUUUUGGCUAUGGUUUAUGCCGAUCCAAAAGCAGAACCGAAGCCGAAACCCAGCGUAGGACACGAUAGUUAUGGUUAUGGUUAUGGUUACGGUCUUCCUUUGUAUAAUAAUUACGGUUAUCAAGGAUAUCCAUGGUAUCAAGCAUACCACGGAUAUCCAUCAGGUUACAGCUACCCAUAUUCGUAUGGAUACGAUUACCCAUCUUCGUACCAUGGAUAUUCACAUGGACACAGAAAUUAUUACUACUAAACUGUAAAGACGUAUGUAACAAAUACGUAAGUCAGCGUAAUUUUUCUUGUUGAAAAAUAAAAAUGUAUAAAAAUAAGCUAUAUUGAUAAAUAAUAAAUGUUUGGAAUA